GAUAGUGUAAUAAUAAAAUAAGUGAAAUAGUUGUGAUGUUUUAAAUAUAACAAAGAUAAUGGGAAGAUUCAUUGUGAACAAAUAAAAAGGACUAAAUAUAAAUUUAGAGUGACAAUAAAAAUUUGGAGUGUUAAAUAUAAUUUUUCAAAAAAUAGGAGGGAAAGUAUAUUUUCAAAAAAACGUAGUUUGCAUUCCAACGGUCGGCUCUUGCUAGUUUUAAAGCAUUCUCCGUAUAACGAUAGUCUCUCAUUCCAGCAGUGAAGAAAUGGCGCCGUCAAUGGUCAAGUACGAGGAGCUACGGCGGCAGAGGGUGGAGGAGAACAAGCGGCGGAUGGAAGAGCUCUGCCUUCCUCUCCUCUCUCAGGCCCUCAAAACCGCGCACUCUCCCAAACCCUCCCCUAUGAAGAAAGCAAAGCCACGCGCCGCCAGGACAGAGCUUGUCCAGGUUCGCCGGUCUUUGCGCUCCACCAAAACAGCCGCUCCUGUGUACAAAGAAGUGACUUAUUACGAGCGAGUUCUACCAAGGAGAGCUUCGUGUCCGCGGAGGGAUAUCUUACACAGGGUAUAUGCAUCAGAUGAAGGAAGGGCAGCUGCUGUUGAGAAAGCAGAGAAAUUGGAGGCCAGUCUUGAAUCCGAAUACCCGAGUUUUGUUAGACCAAUGCUUCCAUCCCAUGUCAGUGGUGGUUUUUGGUUGGGACUUCCAGCAUACUUCUGCAGGAGGAACCUUCCGGCGCGAGAUGAAACAGUGACAUUGGUAGACGAGGCAGGAGAAGUGUGGCCGACUGUAUAUUUGUCAAGAAAAACAGGACUCAGUGGAGGAUGGAAGAAGUUUGCAGUUGAUCAUGACUUGGUUGAUGGUGAUGCACUGGUAUUUCAGUUGAUACAACGUGCCAUAUUGAAGGUAUACAUAACAAGGGUCAAUAAUUUGGAAGAAAAGGAUGACAUAGAGACCUCAAAGGACUCUAGUACAUAGUAGUAUACUAGUAUUCAGGAAAGGGUGUAAGCUGUGCUGUAGGGUGGUUGUAUGUUGACUAUAUUGGCAAAGAAUGGUCACUGACAGCCAAUGCCACAACGUCAAACCAGGGAACAUUAAUCUUCACUUCUUGGUACAAGAAGAAGACCGAGCUUAUUAAUUACGUAGUACGGAGUGCUAAAAAUAGCCUGCAGGGGAGUAUAUAAUGUAUCUCUUUCGGUAUUUUGAUAUUAAAAAAACAUGUUCUUAAUUG